AAUGAAAACACUCGAAUAUAGCCGCUUCCGGGUUAAACACAUGUUAUGAGUAACACAAUCUGAUAGACUGAGAUAAUUUAAGAUAUUAAAUCAGUCUGAAAGGAGGUUAAAGAUAUUGUUACCAAAAAAAUUCACACGAACUUUGAGGACAAUCGUAAAAAUGCAGGACCCUAAUGCGGACACCGAGUGGAAUGAUGUUCUACGAGCAAAGGGAAUCAUUCCGCCCAAAGAAAAAGAAGUCUCAGAGGAGGAUAUUGUUAAUAUCAUGGAAGCCACUAUCCAAAGCAAAACCACAGAUAAAUCAUUAGAUGAUAUGACGUUAGAUGAGUUAAAUGAAAGAGAAGAUGAAAUUGAUGAGGAGGAAGAGAGGAUAUUUGAGGCCUACAGGAGACAAAGAAUGGCGGAGAUGCGACAGGCUCAAAUGAAGGCUCGGUACGGAGAGGUCAAGGAAAUAUCCAAGGUCGAUUAUGUAACGGAGGUCAACAAAGCCGGGGAAGGUGUCUGGGUUGUGCUACAUGUCUACAAACAAUCAACUCCAUUAUGUAAAUUAUUAAAUCAACACAUAUCAACAUUAGCAAAGAAAUUUCCUGAUGUAAAGUUCCUACGGAGCGAGUCUAGUGUAUGCAUUCCUAACUACCCAGAUAAGAACCUGCCUACGAUAUUUAUAUACUUUGAGGGGGACCUCAAAAAGCAGUAUGUCGGACCACUAGUGUUUGGUGGCAUGAACUUUAAACAGGAUGAACUGGAGUGGAUGUUAUCAGAGGUGGGGGUCCUGAAGACAGAAUUGGAGGGUCCACCUAAACGUGAAAUCCGUGACGUCAUGGACUCGGCUGUACGGCAAAGUAGACUGGACGAUGACGACAGUGAUGAAAACGACUGGUGAUGGAAAUGUGUGCUACGUGUCAGCAUAAAAUAAAAUAAAAAACUGACCUUAAUCUCUAAGUGCCCUUUAACAUGAAAUGAAAAAAAUGCCAAAUUUUUAAACAUUUAAAAAUAUACAUUUGAUAUAAACAGAAAAAUGUUCAAAUUAUUUGGCAUAAACAGAACUGUAAAAGAUAUUGAUAAAAUAAUUUUUUUUUUACUAUUAAGAUCGGGGUAUGUUUUUGUCAUUCUAAUCAAAUCUUUAAAAAAAAUCAGGACUGAUUGGGAUAAAAUUUAUGAGAGUUGAACUGAAGAGAGUUUGUGAUAAAGCACCAAAGUACAUGUAUUUUACAUUUGAUUUUCUUAUAUUUUGAAUUGUAAUAUAUUGAAUGUAUUUAAAUGAAACAAAAACAGUGUAAACAAUUCAUAAUAUUAAAAGUGUUUUGAUUUGUAAUGCUAAGAUUUUUUAGAUUGUUAUAGUAUUCUGCAGAUCAUUUGAGCUUUUACAUUUCAGACAUUUUCUGAAUGAAUAGUAACAUCACCAGACAGUCAUAAAUGUGCAAAAUAAGUUAAGUGUAUGUUUAAGACACAAGAAAUAAGUUAAGUGUAUGUGUAAGACACUAAGAAAUAAGUGUAUGUAUGUGUAAGACACUGGGAAAUGAGUGUAUGUUUAAGACACUAAGAAGUAAGUUAAGUGCAUGUGUAAGACACUAAGAAAUAAGUGUAUGUUUAAGACACUAAGAAAUAAGUUAAGUGCAUGUGUAAGACACUAGGAAAUGAGUGUAUGUUUAAGACACUAAGAAAUAAGUUAAGUGUAUGUAUGUGUAAGACACUAGGAAACAUCUGAUAUCCAUAUUGAUGAUUCUGAAAAGACUUGGAGGAAAUGCAUAUUUUGAUUUUUAAAAAAUGCACAUCUGUUUUGGCAUUACAAAACAAUUUUUUUCCCUUGUGAAUAGAUAUGUCCUUUUUCCAGAUGAACUAGAUUUGGGGAAAGGCUGACAUAUUAUUUGAUAUUUAAUAAAUAUCUGUAAUUUCAUGUUUUAAUUUGUGAAAGAAAAUUAAAUUAAUUUUAAUAAUUUUCUAUUUUUGCUAAUGCUCAGUUUGUAUUCAUACUUGUACUUGUUAAACAUAUAUAUGUUUGUUGCAGCUUUUUGUCAUGAAUAACAUUUUUCAUCAACUGGUUUCUAACUCAUUCAGAAAUUAUAUAAGUCCUGAUGCUUAAUGUAUUCCAAUAAAAUGUGUUAAUAACCA